AAACAAUACUUUUUGAAACGCGUUCGUAGCAGAACUUCAAUCACAAAAUAGAAUGAUACGGUGGAAGUUUUUGAAAUUUAAAGAUCGCGCGACAAAGGAAAAAGAUUGUAGAAACUUAAUUAAAAUUUCGAAAAACUUUAUGAUCGAGCACUGCCAUUGUCACGUGAUCCCUGUUAUUCUUACGUCACAUUUCGCGUAAAAUUUAAAAUUUUUUCAACAUUCGUAUCAUUUAUCAUCUUUAAAAAUUUUGAAUAAAAUGGGAAAAACAAGAGGAGUGCACGAAACAACACCAGAAUUAAGAAAUCGAAUGGUAGGAAUGUAUGAAGCUGGUUUAGGAUUGCGAGAAAUUGCAGCCGCUGUAAAUUGCUCACAACGAACAGUGAAAAGAUGGUUAAACAGGUUUGACAAAGAAGGCACAGUGGAAACUCGAGAAAGAUGCGGACGUAAAAGAGCUACAACAGCGGAACAAGAUGAAGCUAUUGUACGUUUAGCUACGCAAACGCCGAUAACGGCAGCAAAAGCUGUACUUCCUGCUUUAGGACUUACUUGCUCUGUUGAUACUAUACGUGAAAGGCUACAUAAAGCUGGAAUUCACAAUUGGAGUCCUUCGAGAAAAUAUAUGCAAAGAAUUCCACUUGGUGAUACGGAUGGUGUUACUAUUCAACAACCUGUAUGGAGACCUACUGGAACACAAUUGGGGAAAAAAAAGUCUUCCAAAGAUUCUAAUAAAAAUGAAAAGAAUACUAGUACAACUAAAAAAAGAAAUCCAUCAAAGAAAAUUAGAGCCAAAGAUAUAUAUGUAGGAGAUGGUGCGCCAAUAGAAAGCGAAAAAUCUGAUGAACAACGAGAAUUUAUAUAUCAUCAACAAAAUGCUUCAGAAUCUCAAGUUAAUGAAAUACAAUCAUCAUCUCAACCUUUGCAAUCUCAGACAGAAUUUGGUAGUACUCUAAGUUUAUCUCAGCAAACACAAUCUAUUUAUCAACAUCCUAGUUUAAAUAUAUCUCAGAAUUGGCCUUUAGAUUUAGUGCAAGGAAAUCAUCACUAUCCUCAAGAUCAAUCAAAUUCAAUAUCUCAUGAACAAGUGGCUUCCUCACAGCAACUUCAAGAAUUACAUGUACAACAAGAACAAAACCAUGUACAACAAAUACAACAAACUCAUAAUCUUGAUGAACAACAAAGGCAACUUCAGGCAGAAGUUCAACAUCAUAGUGAUCAAUUACAUUCUCAAUUAGCUAGUCCACAAAAUAGUACGAAUUUAACUUCUGAUAAUUCUAAUAUUCAUGGUCAUCAAGAUAAUAAUCAGUCUUCUAGUAUAGAAUCUAAUCAAACUAAAGAUUCAUCGAAAGAAGACAGCGCGAAAAGUGAACCACAGAAAAAGAAAAAAAAGGGUGGGAAAGCUAAGGGAACAUUGGAAACCAGUGUUGAAAUUCGAAAUCGUAUGAUUGGCAUGUCUGAAGCCGGUUUAUCCACAUUAUCUAUCGCGCUUGCAAUCGACAGAUCGGAACGUACCGUAAAAAGAUGGUUAGAACGUUGGCAUAAGGAAGGGAACGUACAAACUAAGGAAAGAAAGGGUCGUCGACGAAUUACUACUAAAGAAGAAGAUGAAGCUAUUGUUGCUAUGGCUACUCAGCAGCCAUUAACUGCAGCUAAACACGUCGCGCCUGCACUGGGUUUAAAAUGUAGCGUAGAUACUAUUAGGGAGAGGCUUCAUAAAGCUGGUAUACACAGUUGGAAGCUUGGAAAAAAACAAGGAGAAGGGAAUGCUGUACAUACUGUACACCUUUGGCAGCCUAGUGGAAAUCGACCAAAUAAACCUAAAUUACCGGGUGAAAAGAAGAAAAAAACAAAUAAUAAUAAGAAACGCGAUCAAAUAUCAAACAAUACGCAAAAACGUCCCAUUAGAAAAAGAAAAAUUGAGUCCAUUACAAUGAAAAUGGUCUCACCCUCUACAAACAUGAUAUCAGAACAAACCACAACUUUAUCAUACCAUAAUGGAACAAUGGCAAAUUAUGUUUCAGGUUCUAAUAUAAUACAACCUAUUCAUAAUAUUCCUCCACCUCCUCCUACAAUUGUUCAAUCUCAAUCACAUCCUCCACCAGGUCCUCCACCAGCAGCUCAAUCUAUACAACCAAUGAAUUCUAUGAUACAACAAAGACCUGAUUGUCGAUUAGCAUCAAUUGUAGCACCUGUAUCGGGACAAGGAAAUACUGGAGUUACCUAUCCAUCAUGUAUGGUUGGAAGUAAUACUCAUACAGGACAUAUGGAACAACCAGAUCCUUUAAAUUAUGAACCAUACAUUUGGAGUUUCUAAUCAAGUAUAGAAAAAUAUUAAAUAAUAAAUUUUCAAGAUAUUCUUAAAUAUAUUAUAUCAUUCCAAUUUAAAAAAUUUUUUUUUUUAUCGCAUUUGAAGUUCAAUUCAAUGAUUAAAUUUUGUGUAUUGAUUUUACGUUAUACUGUUUAUAAUAAUUAUAUGAAUGACUUGAAUCAUAAGUUGCUUUUCGUAAAAAUAUUCAAUAUUCAUUUUUAAUUGUAAAAAAUUUCGAAUAAACAUUGAAUGAGUAUUGAUUUGAGAUAAUUGAAA